AUGAUUUUAAUUUCACGUCCUCUUCCGUUCUUGAGCGCUUUGCUUUUCUUGCCUUCCUGUCUCGCCGCUGUCGGGCCAAGUGCUACUCUCAAUGUUGUAAAUAAAGUCAUCGGCCCUGAUGGGUUCAACAGAUCUACUGUCCUCGUCGAUGGCGUGCACCCUGGGCCGCUUAUCAGAGGGUUCAAAGGCGAUACUUUCCGGCUCAACGUGAAGAACUCUCUUUCCGAUCCUACCAUGUUGAGAACUACUAGUGUCCAUUGGCACGGCAUAUUCCAACGCGGAACUGUUUGGGCUGACGGCCCAGUGGGUAUUACCCAGUGCCCAAUCGCCUCUGGACACUCCUUUUUGUACCAGUUCCCAGUGCGAAAUCAGGCUGGUACUUUUUGGUACCACUCCCACUUCGACACUCAAUAUUGCGACGGUCUUCGUGGACCCAUGGUAGUCUAUGAUCCAGAGGACCCGCAUAGGCACC